AUGGACAACCUCGAGAAGAAAACGCUCGACGUGUCCCGAGGCUUCACUUACACUUACUACAUUAGCCCCGCGAAGGGCAAUAAGCCGACCCUUGUGCUGAUCCACGGCUUCCCAGAUGCACCUGACACUUUCGAGGAUGCCAUCCGCGACUAUCUACUGCCCAACGGCUACGGCGUCAUUGCCAUUGACUGUCUAGGCUACAACGGAACAUCAAAGCCGACAGACACGGAGUCGUACAGUUUCCAAGGUAUGGCGCAGGACCUCAAGGAGAUAGUCGACAAGGAAGGUCUCGAUAAGGUUGUUCCCGUGGGUCAUGACUGGGGUUCCGGCGUCGCUCAGCGGUUCUACAAUUUCCACGCAGACCGGUGCGCGGGCCUCGUCCUGAUGGCUGUCUCCUACCUUAUCCCCACGCCCGACCAGCCCUUCAAUCUCGACGGCGUCCUGCAGUUCACCCAAGGCAUCUUCGGCUACGGCAUCUACUGGUACUGGAAGCUGUUUACCGCCGAGGACGGCGCGCAGGUCAUGGGCUCGCACCUGGACAGUAUGUGGGACGUCGCGCACGGUGACCCAGAGACCUGGCUCGAAACACUGUGCAAGAAAGACGGGGUGAGAGAUUUCCUUGUCGCCGACAAGAGGCAGCCGACCAUGUCUUACGCCACCGAGGAGCGCAAGCAAAAAUGGAUCGCUUCGUUGAAGAAACCGCCCGGCUUCGACGCCCCGCUGAAUUACUAUCGCGCGAUGACAUCUGGCGUGCAGGACGAAGCGAGCAGGCAUAUUCCCAAGGAGAACAUCCCUAUUAACGUGCCGUUCCUCUUUUUCGGGGGCCAGAGAGAUUAUGUCUGCCGCCCGGAGAUGUUGCAGACGAGUCUCGAUGCUGGACUGAUUCCCGACUGCACCAAUGUGGUCAUUGAUUCGGGGCACUGGGCGCACUUGGACAAGCCGAAGGAGUUUGGGGAGGCCAUUGUCGGGUGGCUGAAGGAAAAGUUCUAA